CCUAUACCAUACUCCCGCUCCUCCAUCCACAUCUCCCUCCUCUACGCAUACAUCCUUGCAUGUGCAUAGCAUACAGUCCAUUAGAUCACACUCGCAUCUGCUAGAUUUGGUCGAACCCCCGACUGCAUCGCCUUGCCGUGCCACGAACACCGCUCGGUUACCCAAUCAUCCAACAAUUUCAGCGACACUGAGACUUACUAACUUAACAACUACCGACAGCUUCUCAGGAUCCAUUCAGUUGAGCAUCUUGAGAUAAUCACUGAAUUGCUGGACCCAGGCACAGAUACUUUCUCGACUAGUUCUGAUUGCUUAAUCGACAACCACUACUAACCCCCCGAGGUCUUGAUUGAUUCUCGGUUCAACAGCAGACCCUGAUCGAAACAUUGAUUUGUCCGUUCGAUCAAAAACAUACACAUCUAGACACCAUGGCAACAGCCUCAGUGUCAACACCUCUCAAAAGCCAUCAUGGCCUCUUCUCCACAAAGACCGCAGGUGGUAGAAUGCCCCUCACCCCAUCUCCCAGGCAGAGAACUGCAAGCGUUGCCACAAACAUGUCGACCGCCUCCUCCCCCUCCACUCCUCUGCGAAAAGAACAGUCAAUUCACAAGUCAGAUCCUUCCGCAUUCUUCUCUCGCUCCAUCUCCAGAUCGGUAUCCAAGUUUGCCUAUGCCAAUUCGCCCAAGUCCAAUAUUGCCAAGGGACGGCAGUCACCAAAGCAACUAGAGUUAGGUGUCUCAGACUGGACGUUGACAGGCACCGGGCCAAACACAAGUGCCACACCAUCGAGAGAAAAGUCAAGGAAAGAGACGGUGCUACGGUCGAGGACAGGCAAGACCACCAUCAGACUCCCCAACAACACCGCAGACAGAUUCAUUCCCAACAGAGCUGCAAGUGCGGGCCUGGCAACUGCUGGGUCUGGCAAGGCAGACGAGAACACUCGACCUCGAACUGCGGGAGUGGAUGGAUCAAUAGUCCUAGCAAACGCUGCAAGUGCCAGUGCCUUUGAGAUCUCUGCGCGGGGUGCGGAUGCAGAUAUCACCACCGCACUAGAAGGUCUUGGUCUGGAGGAUGACAACACCACCUCAACCUACACUACUCGUACCAACCCCGACUCCAGUGCCUAUGAAUCAUCACUAGCUUCUGCCUGUGGCAUCUCAACAAGCCAGCGAAUCCUUGAAUUCAAGCCUGCUCCUCCGGAAUCAUCCAAGCCAAUUGAUCUCCGAUCUCAAUACAACCGCCCACUGAAGCCAGCCAAUGCUCAGUCUGCCCAGUUCCGUCGCCGCAUCCAAUCCGCACCUGAGCGAGUGUUGGAUGCACCUGGCCUGGUCGACGACUACUACCUGAAUCUGCUCGAUUGGAGUUCGGGCAACCAGGUGGCCAUUGGGUUAGAGCGCAAUGUCUAUGUCUGGUCUGCCGACAGUGGCACCGUCUCCUGCCUUCUGGAGACUUCGCCCGACACCUAUGUCAGCAGUGUCAAAUGGUCGGGCGACGGCGCCUAUGUUGGCGUGGGCCUCGGUUCCGGGGAAGUCCAGAUCUGGGACGUCGAAGAAGGGACCAAGCUCCGGAGCAUGUUCGGGCAUGAAACUCGGGUAGGUGUGAUGGGAUGGAACAAGCACACCUUGUCAACAGGGGCAAGAAGUGGGCUCGUCUUCAACCAUGACGUCCGAGUUGCCCAGCAUAAGGUUGCCGAGCUGGUGUCCCACACGUCGGAAGUGUGUGGCUUGGAAUGGCGCAGUGAUGGCGCGCAGCUGGCAACGGGUGGGAACGACAACUUGGUGUCCAUCUGGGACGCCCGCUCAUUGGCCGCUCCCAAGUUUGCGAAAAAGAAUCACCGCGCGGCGGUCAAGGCCCUUAGCUGGUGCCCCUGGCAAUUGAACCUCCUGGCAACUGGUGGCGGGUCGUACGACCGACACAUUCACUUUUGGAACACGACGACGGGGGCCCGAGUCAACAGCAUCGACACCGGAUCACAAGUGACAAGUCUCAAAUGGAGCAAUCACUACCGCGAACUGGUCAGCUCCAGCGGCUUCCCAGACAAUUCCCUGAGCAUCUGGAGCUAUCCGACUUUGGUGCGAAAUGUGGAGAUUCCCGCCCACGAGACUCGAGUGCUUCACAGCUGCCUCAGUCCCGACGGACAGAUGCUGGCAACGGCAGCGGCCGAUGAAAGUUUGAAGUUUUGGAAGAUCUUUGAGCGGAAAGCGGGCGUCAGUGCGGCAGCGUCAAGGGAGGGCGGCGUCGGCAAAGGCGGCGCAAUGGCCAAGCAGAUGACCAUUCGAUAAAUCCACAGAGCCGGGUCCUUGCCUGGGUCAAUCAAUGGUUCCUUCAACGGGAAAGGACAGUUAAUGACGACCGGGAUGGUUCAUCUUGUUCAUUUUGCAUGGUGUUGUUGGGGGCCACGGAACGAAGGCAUUAGUAAGAGACAUGAAGGUCAUGAUGCGGCUCUUACCUUUUGACGAGGAUGUGUACUAGUCACCUCGUGUGUAUGUAUGAAUGAUUCUCGUUGGCUUGAAGUUAUGGAACAUGGGCUUUCCAGUACGUACAGGGUGUCAGCUCUCCGAGUAGGUCUGAGAUACUCCGCACGGGGACCCUAGUCCCUAGACUGCCUAGUUCUGUGGGCAGAAUAUGUAGGGACUCGUAGGCUAUCUACAAGGGUAUGUAGGACCUAGGCCAGUGACUUUGUGGCCUUUAAGCUACCUACUCGGUAAGGCUCACUACCUACUACUCGUAUCUCUGUGCCCCCA